AUGGCAGAUGAUGAGAAACCAUCAGGACCAUUAGAGGAGAGAUUAACUCACAAGAAUUGGAAAUGGAAGGUGAGCGCCUAUGAAGAAUUGACUCAAAAGUUUAGAUCUGCUGAGGAUUCUACUGGUCCACUUUAUAAUGAAUAUGGACCAAAAUUUAAGACAUUGUUAGCAGAUAGUAACCCAAUGUCACAAGAAAAGGUAUUAGAUACAUUGGGUGCAUUUAUCGAUCGAUGUGAUACCGUCAACAAGUUUGCACCGCAAUGGGUAUCGGUGUUGGUCGAGAAGGGGUUUGGAUCGACUAGACCAAAAGCCAAGGAUAAAACAAUAGAGUUGUUAUUGGCAACCAUCGAAGCAGAUUCACCCGAGCCUGUAAACGAAUCACUUUUAAAGGGUGCAACUAGUACUUCACCAAAAAUAUUAAUUGCUUCUAUCAUUGGUUUAAGAGAAUCUUUAAAAACAUUUGGACCAAAAAUAGUACCAAUUAAACCAAUAUUAAAACAAUGUCCACCAUGGUUUGAACAUAGAGAUAAAAAUGUUAGAGAUGAAGCAAGUGCAUUGCUUGUUGAAAUUUAUAGAUGGAUGGGUAAAACUAUAUCGUCGUGGUUGGAGAGUUUAAGUGCAAUCCAAAUGAAAGCUUUACAAGAACAAUUUGAUAAAUUACCUCAAGAACCUGCUGCUCCUCUUAAAUAUAUGAGAUCAGAGGCUGCAAAAGCAUUGGCUGCUGCUAAAGCUGGUGGUUCUGCUCAAAAGGUUGAAGUAGAAGAAAUUGAUCCAUAUACAAUGUUAAAUUCAGUUGAUGUAUUAAAAAAGAUUGAUCCUGAAUUUUGGACUGGAGUUGAAGAAAAGAAAUGGCAAAUUAGAUCAGAACAUAUGGAAAAUCUUCAGAAAAUAUUAUCAUCUGCUGAAAAGAUUGAAAAUGCUGAUUAUUCAGAAUUGGUUAAAGUUUUAAAAAAGACAUUGGUAGAUACAAAUUUAUUAAUUGCAACAAAAGCAAUUACAUGUAUUGGAUUAUUGGCAGAGGGGUUGAGAACUGGAUUUACAAGUCAUAGUAAACAAUUUAUUGCUGGGUUGUUGAAUUUGUACAAAGAAAAGAAGCCUUUGAUUACAAAGGCAAUCAGCACAUCACUCGAUUCUAUCGUGGCACGUUCACUCAAUUUUAGUGAGACGAUAGAGGAAGUGACCGUUUCGAUGGCCUCCAAGGUACCACAAACCAAACAAGAGACACUCAAUUUCAUCUAUCGUUCCAUCUCGACGACACGCAAACCACAAGACAUACAAAAGGUGUCCAAACAACUUGCCAAAAUAUUCAUGGAAGCACUCAACGAUACGGUAGAGUCGGUCAGAGACUCGUGUGCCAAGGCAUUUGGUGCACUCGGUGGUAUUAUAGGAGAACGUAGUAUGGCACCUUACCUCAAUCAAUUGGAUCCAAUCAAAAUGAAGAAAAUCAAAGAUUUAAUGGCUGCUUCAGCACCAGUCAUUACAAUGGCUCCUACUAGUGUUUCUAUAUCGGCAGAUGAAAUGGGUGCAGGUCAAAAGAAACCUGCUGCUGCCGGUGCCGUAGCUGCAGCUCCAGCACCACCCAAGAAUGAAAAAUUAAAAGAAAUCAUUUCACAAGAGAUUCUUGACAAGUUGUCAAGUGCCAAUUUAAAGGAUCGUGUUGAAGGAACAGAUGAAAUUCAAAACAUUAUUCAAUCAAUGGGUGGUGAUGAACUCGGUCCAUACUCCCCACUCAUCAUUCAAUACCUUCAAGAAAAACCUGGUUGGAAAGAUACAAAUCCUCAAGUUUCAAAUAAUAUCAUUUCAAUUCUUACUAUUAUUAUAAAAAUUGAUCCAAAUUCUUCCAAACUUAUUAAUUUAUUUUUUAAUAAUAUAAUUGAUAAAUUAAUUGAUAUUAAAAGUAAAGAUUUGGUAAAUAAUUUAUUAAUUACGGCUAGUGAAAGUAUAUCACCACAAUUUGUAUUUUCAAUGAUUUAUGGAUACGCAGCAGGACACAAGAAUCCAAAGAUUACAUUGGAUUGUUUGGCAUGGAUGACACCAAUGGUAGAGGAAUUUGGGGUGGGAAGCUUUUUAUUAAAACCAUUGUUUGAUUUUAUAAAGAGUUGUCUCGAGUCUACACAAUCUCCCGUUAAAUUGGCUGCCAUCAAAUUGAUUGGUAUACUCAAGCUGGCACUUGGUCCAUCGGUCAUUGACUAUUUGUCAGAUGUAAAGAAACCACUGUUAGACUCGAUUGAAAAGGAGGUUGCCAAAACCAAGGAACAAAGAGUGUCUCCACCAACACGUACUUUUAAAGUCAGUAUUGACGAGAUUAUUCCUAGAACUGAUAUUAGUUCAAAGUUGAACGGUCCACUUCUCGGUAACCUUGGAGACCUCGAUUGGAAGAUGCGUCAGUCUGCACUGGAGGAUCUCGAGCGUAUUGUCAUUGACGCUAAUCGAAAGAUUCAACCCAAGCUUGGGUCCCUCGUCACACUACUCUCCAAGGGUUGCCUCUCUGACAAGAACCAAAAGGUGGUCACUACGACAUUGUCACUGAUCAGUUUGUUGGCAGUUGCCACUGGAGCCACCUUUGACAAGAGUGCAAAGAUCCUCUUGCCAGGUGUCGUUGCCAUACUGUCUGACAGCAAAAAACCAUUGCGUGACGCAGCCAUCAACUGCAUGAACCAUAUCAUCGAGGGACUUGGAGUGAUCGACCCAUUCAUGUCAUCGCUGGCACAACCAAUCGUACAAGAUGGAGCUGUCAGUAGAAAAGAGGCAUUGGGAUGGACCGUUCAACACAUUGGAUCAUUAAAGUCUGGUCAAGAAGCAGCUCAUAUGGUCAAACCAAUCGUUGCAUGUCUUCAAGAUAAAAACAAUGAUGUUCGUUCAAUGGCUGAAACCAUCCUUUCUUAUAUUUAUAUUUAUAUUCCACCUGACCUCUUUAAAAAGGAGUUCCGUGAUAUUAAACCAGUCAUCUUAAAUACCAUUCAACCAAUUAUUGAAAAAUAUUAUAAAACUAAACCUCCUCCUCCAAAUUCAAAAAAACCAGAAGCAAUAGUUCAACCUGUUCAACCAGUUCAACCAGUUCAAAAAGUACAACCAACUACUUCUACUACAUCUACUACAUCUACUACUACUACAACAAAUAAUAGAGCUCCAUCAUCUUCAUCAUCUGCUUCAUUUAUAAUUUCAAAUGAUAAAAAAUCAAGACAAAAAGAUCAACAACAAAUGUGGUAUUACCAAGAUCCAUCAGAAGCAGUUGAAACACUUCAAGAUCAAGUAUUAUCAUGUUUUAGUGAAGAAUUUGCAAACAUGAUGUUUUCAGCCAAUCCACAACAUUCACAACAAGUAGUAGAUAUGUUGAUACAAUUGGCAGAACAAGAUAUGAUGCCAUUAUUAUCAGUCGUGGAUGUAUUGUUUCGUUGGGUUACGUUUAAACUUUUUGACAUGGGUUUGACAUCACUCAAGAGAAGUUUGAAACUGUUAGAGACUAUUUUGGUUCGUAUGCAAGCUGUAGAAUAUAACAUGUCUGAUUAUGAAGCAAGUUGUCUCAUACCCAUCUUGGCCGAAAAGAGUGGUACAUCAAAUGAAACAUUUAAAGGUCUCCUCAAACAAUGUUAUCGUCUCUUGUCUGAAGUAUGUCCACCUCAAUCACAAUUCCGUUAUACGUUGGAAGUGAUUCGUUCCAAUAAUUGGCGUACACGUCUUGAAAGUAUUACCGAAUGUGGCCAACUCAUCAAUCAACAUGGUGGCGUCUGCUGUGGUAACCUUAAAAUCACUGUACCAACCAUUGCCAAACUAUUAAAUGAUCGUGAACCACUCAUCAAACAACAGGUCAUUCAAUGUUUUUCUCAACUCUAUAUUCAUAUUGGUGAAGAAAUUUGGAAAUAUCUUUCAACCCUCUCUCAAACUGAUAAAAAUUUAUUAUUACAACAAUUUCAAUCAAAUCAACCAAAUCAACCAAGUCAACAAUCACAAUCAUCUCCAUCAAUUUCAUCCACUUCAUUUGGUUCAGAAGAAGAAGAAAAAUUUAAAGAAUAUUUAGAAGAAUUAAAAUCAUAUAGAAGAGAAAAUAUAGAUCAAACUGUGGAAUUGUUGAAACAAAUAUCUGGUGUUGUUUCGUCGGCACAACCAGCAUUGGCAGAAAAGUUUUUAAGAUUCUCGGAAGAGUAUUUGAUGGUAUUGAGUCAGCUGCUCGUAUCCAUCUUUGCGCAGGUAUUUAUGGAUACAUCGAUCUUUAGAUUGUGCAAGUAUCUGAUCCACACGAUCAUUACCAUCUACUCUAACGAGAUUAUAGCCAAAAAGUCGAGUGUACGUUCACUCGAGACGGUCCUCACCGAAUCUAUCCGUUUGUUGGUUGCUCAACCCGACUCUUCACCUCAACAACAAGCCGAUCUUGAAUGGAUCACCAAGGCACUCAACCAAGUACUCCUUCGUACACUUCAAAACAGUAACAAUACCACCCUCUUUUGUGCACUUUUGGAAAUGAAAACAAAGGUUGGGUCACGUCCAGGACAAGAAAAGUUUAAUGAUUUAUUGGUUCGUUGUCUUUUACGUGCCACCAAAUCACUCAAGGCACCCGGCGCCAAAGUUGACGAAUUGGACAUUUCAAUCAUCCUCUCCAAGAUGAAUCAAUUCCUCAUUCAACAAAACCUUGAUGAAACCACCAAAAAGACCACCAAAACACUCACCUCUGAACUUUUAAAUAUUAAAGGUGAUGAGUUUGCCGCUUUUUGUAGACAAGCUUAUCAACAACAUCAACAAAAAUUCCAACCACUCUUUAAUCUUUUAAUCGAUCUUUUAGGUGGUAUUGAUAAUUUUAAACAAUUAUUUAAAAUUCAAGAAAAUCAAACAACAACGACAACAAAAUCAAUAACCAAUCAACCAACAGUUCAACCAAUAGUUCAAAAUAUUUCACCUCCUGCUAUUUCGCAACAAAUGAAAUUUGAAGAAUUGGGUAUACAACCAUUAAAUACACCAGAGAUUUUACAACAACAAAAUUAUACGAUACCAGUUGUAAAUGUAGCAAGUAGUGUUGGAAAGGAUGGAAAGUCACACAUGCAGACAUUGAUGCAAAAUGUAAAUAAGGAGCCAAGAAACUUUAAAUGCGCAACUGUUUCUGAGCAAAAGCAAGUUCUGUCUGAGAUUUUCAAAAAGGUUGGUCAUCGUGAUCUUACCAUCGACGGCUUGUGGGAUCUCUACUACUUUAAAAAACAAUUUAAAGAUUAUGACAUUACACCCAACCUCUUGCAAACUACUGGUACCUUUCAAAAUUAUGUCACUCGUCACUUGCAACAAAUCGAUAAACAACAAUUGGAAAAACAACAAGAAGAAGAGGCUGAACUUACCUCUAGUGACAUUAACCAUUAUUCUGAAAGAUUACGUGAUAUUCAAAAUACCUAUUUAAAUAAUCAAAUGCAACCUGAUAGUGGCAGCGAUGGUAGUGGAAAACAUUCUACGGAUCAAAUGUCUGGUGAAAAUAUGGGAAUCACAACGACUGGAUUGAAUCCAAGAAGAUUAUCUCAACAUGAAAUUAAAAGUACUACUGUCAAUGCUUUAAAUACUUUACAUCGUAUUAGAGGCCUAAGUAAUGCUGGAAAUCAACCAACAAAUAACACUAAUAAUAAUAAUAAUAAUAUUUCUCCACCUACUACAAAUAUUUCACCCAAUACUACUUCUACUUCAUCUACCUCGUCUACUUCUUUGGGAACACAAGAUUUAACUUCAACUGUUGCUUCACUAAGACAAAGAUUGGCUUUUAUUAAAGAAACUUCAAAAUCAAAUGAUUAA